AUCCUGCUUUUCAUCGGGACUGUCCCCUUGACUGCAAGGUUUAUGUAGGAAAUCUUGGAAACAAUGGAAAUAAGACUGAGUUGGAAAGAGCUUUUGGGUACUAUGGCCCUUUAAGAAAUGUCUGGGUCGCCAGGAAUCCACCAGGUUUUGCCUUUGUGGAGUUUGAAGACCCCAGAGAUGCAUCUGAUGCUGUAAGAGAACUGGAUGGGAGAACCAUGUGUGGCUGUCGAGUGCGUGUUGAGUUAUCGACCGGUGAAAAGCGCUCAAGGAGCCGCGGUCCUCCUCCAUCGUGGAGUAGACGCCCUCGGGAUGAUUUUAGAAGACGUAGUCCUCCAGUCAGACGCCGCUCGCCAAAGAGGAGGAGCCUGAGUCGCAGUCGCAGCAGGUCUCUGUCAAGAGAUAGACGCAGAUAUCGAUCUCUCUCCAGAGACAAGAAUCGUAAACGCUCACGAUCCUUUUCUCGAUCAAGGAGUCGUUCCAGGUCCAACGAAAGAAAAUGAAGAUCCUGGAUUGUUCUGCAAGAUCAUGCUAAAGUUGCAAAAAGAGAAAAUGUUAUAUCCUUAAUUCUUUUUUGUUCAUUUUUUAAGGUUUUUGGUUWGCAACUUUAAAACGGUGUAUGACUGGUAAUGUUAUAUAUUGUGGUAUGUUUAUUCAAAGAGCAAAAAGGACUCAAGUUUUCUCAUUUUGUCAGCUGUGAUGGAAAGAUUCUACCAUUUUACUGACAAAUUUACUCCACAUGAAAUAAAUUGUCUUGCCCUGCAUGUAUUUGAAAUUGAAUACUGUUUGGUUUCUUAGUAAAAAUGUUUUUUUAACUGUUGAAUUAAACUUUUGCUAUGGUUUUUUUUUUAUUAUUCUUGAUUGUCUCUUCUGUUUGUUUGAAUGGGUCACUGUGAAAUGCAGAGAUGUAAUACUGGUACUGUGAUAUGUUGGUUGUCCCUUAAAACAUCUGAUAUUCUUUAUUUUACCUACUGUAUGUUACUUGUUUAAGAUGACAUUUACUCAAACUUGCUCGACUCUGAACUCCCAACAAAUUGUGAAAAUGCAAUUUUCAAUAAAUGUUUUUCCUUGGUUA